AAACGCUUCAUGGACGAAGCCAUUGUGUGUGUGUGUGUGUGUGUGUAUAGUGAAAGAUCGAUAGUGUAAACACCAUUUAACGAUGUGAAAGUGUGCAUAUAUUUAAUAAAAUGGGCUCUUUUUUGCGUGUGAACGACACAAACUUUACCAACGAACCUGUGGACCCCGUGCUAAUAUUCGGGCCACAAAGGGACCCCAUGUAUAUAGUGAUACCUAUAACAAUAAUGUACUCUCUAAUAUUUGUGACCGGACUUUUCGGAAAUAUUUUCACGUGCUUAGUGAUAAUCCGGAACAAAAGUAUGCACACCGCAACAAACUAUUAUUUAUUUAGUUUAGCGAUAUCAGAUUUACUUUUGCUCAUUAGUGGUAUGCCUCAGGAGAUGUAUUCGAUAUGGUCGAAGUGGCCGUACGUGUUCGGGCCGGCGUUCUGCCUGAUCCGGGGGCUGGCGGCGGAGACGUCGACGAACGCGAGCGUGCUGACGAUCACGCUGUUCACGAUCGAGCGGUACCUGGCCAUCUGCCACCCGUUCGUGUCGCACAAGAUGUCGAAGCUGUCGAGGGCCACGCGGCACGUGGUGGCGCUGUGGGUGGCGGCGCUCACGCUGGCGCUGCCGCAGGCGCUGCAGUUCGGCGUGCGCAGCCACCAGGGCGUCGCCAUGUGCCUCCAAACCCGAGUCAUCAUACAGCACUCCUUCGAGAUGUCAACAUUCUUCUUCUUCUUUGCCCCCAUGGCGCUAAUAACAGUACUUUAUUCUCUAAUUGGAAUAAGGUUAAGAAGAUCCGAUUUAAGUAAUGAUGUACCGGGGCAAAAGGAAUUGAAGCUGCAAAUGAGAUUUACUCAUAAAAUACACAGGAAGCACAGCCAAUCAACGAAGCGCGUCAUAAAAAUGCUAGUGGCCGUAGUAGCGGCAUUCUUCAUAUGCUGGGCGCCGUUCCACGCGCAGAGGCUCGUGGCCAUCUACGGCACGGACGAGCACCACCGGCCGCGCUCCAGCCUGCUGCUGCACGCCUACACAGUCCUCACCUACAUCUCGGGGGUGUUCUACUACUUCUCCACCAGCAUCAACCCCAUACUUUACCACAUCAUGUCCAACAAGUUUCGGGAAGCUUUCAAGAACACGGUGGUGCGGUGCUGCCGACCGGGGACGCGCGCCGUACAGCGCAGCUCCUACACAACGCUCGCUCUCGGGCGCAACCCCGCCUCCAGCAGCACUGACAACUCAGGUAAUAAUCCUAAAGAUGGCGCCUUUGGUGAUAAAAGAAUUACAAGAGGAUCCCUAAGGUCAUCAUCAGAUAAAAAGAUCAAAUUCGACUUUGAACGUAAUAUAAUUCAUUAUCAACACAAAUAUGCCCAGACUGACGUCUCAUUCCAGCAAGAUUUAGAAAAUGGGCUUCAUCAAAGUAAAGGAAUACAAGAAAAGAGCAUUCCUAAAGAAAUAUACUUUGUAGCGUCUACGGAGCCCAGUGAAGACUCUAAAAUUACUCUAUCAGACGAGCCUGAAGUCUACAUUAGAGAAAUUCGAGACAGGAUCAAUCGACGCCAGAAGGGGUAUGGAUAAAUCGGAGCAUUUCACAAACGUGAUGGUAGCU